GCAAUCAUGACUGUGGGAAAGAGUAGCAAGAUGCUGCAGCACAUUGACUAUAGGAUGAGAUGUAUUCUGCAAGAUGGUCGUAUCUUCAUUGGCACCUUUAAGGCUUUUGACAAGCAUAUGAACUUGAUCCUCUGUGAUUGUGAUGAGUUCAGGAAGAUCAAGCCAAAGAAUGCUAAGCAGCCAGAGCGUGAAGAAAAGCGAGUUUUGGGUCUGGUGUUGUUGCGUGGGGAGAACUUGGUUUCCAUGACUGUGGAGGGACCACCCCCUAAAGAUACUGGCAUUGCUCGGGUGCCACUUGCUGGAGCUGCAGGGGGCCCUGGGGUUGGCAGGGCCGCUGGCAGAGGCGUUCCAGCCGGUGUUCCGAUUCCCCAGGCUCCUGCUGGGUUAGCAGGCCCUGUCCGAGGGGUUGGGGGGCCAUCACAACAGGUAAUGACCCCCCAGGGAAGAGGCACUGUAGCAGCUGCUGCAGUUGCUGCUACUGCCAGCAUCGCCGGAGCCCCAACUCAGUAUCCACCGGGACGGGGGACUGCACCUACACCUGUUGGUCGAGCAACCCCACCUCCAGGAAUUAUGGCUCCUCCACCUGGUAUGAGACCACCCAUGGGCCCACCAAUUGGGCUUCCUCCUACUCGUGGGACGCCAAUAGGCAUGCCCCCUUCAGGAAUGAGACCCCCUCCACCAGGGAUAAGAGGUCCACCUCCCCCAGGAAUGCGUCCACCAAGACCCUAGGAUACUGUUGAUCCUUCUUAGUCACUUUUUGUCCUGCAAUGCAGCUUGUGAAAUGUGUGAAAUGUUUGUGAGCUUUUGUCCCCUCUGUUCCAUUAAUAUUAGCUAAU